AUGGGCAAGAUUGGCAAUGAAAAGGCAAAAUGUGACGAGUACCUAAAUGAAUUGAAAUGCAAUGAAUUUAGAAACAAUCUACUGUUUUUCAAAAUUGCAGAAAACAGCUCAGAAACAGAUGAAUCUAGGAAAGAUGCAAUAGUCAAAGUGAUACAUGACGAUAUGCUAGUACAAAAUGCUAAAGAAAUACCUUUUACCAGUGUCGAACGAAUGGGAAAACCAAACACCGGAAAAACACGUCCAAUACUGGUUAAAUUUGAGAAUGUUGCCGACAGAGAAAAAGUAAGACGGUCUUGUGGUAACCUUAAAGGGAAACCUAUUGGGGUCAGUCAACAAUUUCCAAAGGAAAUACAGGAAAAAAGAAAGCUUCUUAUUCCCGAAUUGAAAAAGGCAAGAAGUGAAGGAAAAAGGGCGUUUUUAAAAAUGGGCAAAUUAAUUAUUGUUGAUCAAGAUCAACAAAAAGGGGUAAAUGCAUAG